ACACGUCUGAACAAUAAGAGAAUAAUUUUAACAAAACUGAUAAAAUAGACACAAAAUACUAUUUAAGGGAUUCAUCUAUGAGACAAUGUGUUAGUAUUGAUGUCUUGUGAUUCGACGAGCACUUGUCGCGAAACAGAAAUAAUAUGACAAAAUUUACGAUCGUGGCCUUAGUGCAGGCGGCUGUCAUGUUUGUAAUGCAGGUAUCUGUAGAAUCAUGCGGCGAUGAGUUCAUCAAGAAUAUGAUAGUGAAUGUUUGUGGAAUGGGUGGAAUAAAACGUUCAUUCCCUGACAACAGCCGCCCUGACUCAUCAUUAGGGCUACAUUUUAGGGGGAUGGUGACUGACGUCGAACGCGAAUUCAAACACCUGGUCGGAGACAUUGAAGAAGUGGACUUGCUGCUAAAAACAUCUAACAACAAGAAUAAACUAAAAGAACCAAACGUCACUCCACUGUGGCUUCGUCCAAUUAAUUUGCCGGGUUUCAGAGACGACAGAUCCAGACACCCAAGAAUACGCGGUGACUCCGGAAAGGCCACGAUCAUAAAACGGGAAUUAAUGAACGACUUCAGAGAGUGCUGCAACAAGAAUUGCUCACUCAAAGAUUUAAAACGUAUAUGCGGGAAGAAAUAAACAAUAUGAUCAAUAACA